AUGCACCAGCUUCCUGUGACCGACUCAGUUUCUCUGAUGAACAACCACAGUUCCGUGUUGGCGUGCGAGCUGCCGUACGACGAUGGCCGCCUGCCGCUGGUUCUGCUGUACAGCGUGGUGCUGCUGGUCGGGCUGCCUGCCAACCUGCUGACCCUCUACCUCACCUGGCUGCAGGUGUGCAGGAAGAACGUGUUGGGUGUUUACCUGUGGAGCCUGUCGCUGUGCGACCUCACCUACCUGCUCACGCUGCCGCUGUGGGCGCACUACGUGAGCCGAGGUCACGUGUGGCCCUGGAGCUCGGCCACGUGUAAGCUCACAGGCUACAUCUUCUUCAACAACAUGUACAUCAGCAUCUUCCUGCUCUGCUGCAUCUCCUGCGACCGCUACGUGGCCGUGGUCUACAGCGUGGAGUCCCGAGGUCUGCGGAGGCAGCGCCUCGCCGUGCUCAUCGCCCUCGCCAUCGUGCUGCUGGUCGCGGUCGGGCACCUUCCUGUCUUCGCCAUGAGUGAGGGCGACGCUGGCGAGGGAGACCAGCGCUGCUUCGAGCCCAGUCAGAGCAGUCCGACCGUGAUGGGCUUCAACUACGCGCGCUUCAUAGUCGGCUUCUUGCUCCCGCUGCUGCUGCUGAUGGCGACGAACCGCGGCGUCCUGGUCAACGUGCAGCGCAGCACGGGGCUGCGGCAGGAGCAGAAAGAGCGGGUCCGCUGGUUGGCUCUGGCCGUGGUCAUCCUGUUCCUGGUCUGCUUCGCCCCGUACCAUCUGAUUCUGCUGGUCAGGGCCGUCAUGUUCCACUUCACUCAGCCGCAGGACGCCACCUGCCGGUUCGAGGAGGCGGUCUACACCCCCUACACCAUCUCCCUCGGCCUCGCCACCGUCAACAGCGCCAUCAACCCCAUCCUCUACGUCCUGUCCAGUGAGAACAUCCGCAAAGAGCUGAGCCGAGGCCUGGCGCAGGUCUGUGACCAAGCUCGUCUGAGACCAAGAUCCGACAGCAGCCGGAUCCAGAUCCAGUCCAACAAGAACUCGUCAGAGCUGAAUGCAGCAACCGAGGAGCAACAAGGAGGACAGCCUCCGGUCUCCUAACAGAACCUUCCUGGUCCC